UCUCAAACAGUUAAAGAAAUGUCGAAAAGUCAAAAGACAAAAUACUUGCGACUGGCUGAAAUGCAGCCCACCAUGACUAACUAUUCGGCCGUUGUCCUGAUCAUAUCCAAAUCGUCGCCAAACUGGUUCUUGGACAAGUUCAGUGGCAGCGAGCGCGGCGUCAUCACCCUAACGGUACGCGACUCCAUUAGCCACAUUACCAACUGCAAGUGCUGGGGUCAGAGGUCAUGCGUGGAUGAGUAUAACGCCAUGCUACACAUUGGCGACGUCGUGGACAUCGUCGGAGCAAAGGUGAUGUCGCUUUCCAUACCUCAUGAGCCGCGUUAUCAGCCCCAAGCCACUCUCUCGUGCGCACUAACGAUCAACGAAGGAUACGGUCAUAUUGUGCGGCACGACAGCGACGACGUACCCACAACUGAGGCUCUGAAGCAGCUCAUUCACAAGCCGCACAAGCCCCUUGGCUCUACCCUUGAUCUGGUCGACGUUUGCUGUGGCACUGGGCUUCAGGAAAGGCUACUCAAUGCAUAUGUGGACCUACUUGUGGUUGUUGCCGCGAUUCGUCCAUUGCGCGAGUUGAAGCGCAAGCUUGCCCCAAGCUGUGGAAAGGACAACGGGCCACUCCAAUGCCUCGAACUGAUCGUGAUCGAUGCCAGCUGUCCAGAUGGAAUGUUGCUUUCCCUGUGGCAGCCGGAGUGGAUACGUCGCGCCAAGCACUGGCAGCCGCGAAAGACCGUCCUUCAUCUGAUCGAUGUGCGUAUCUCCUAUUCGGACUACUAUCGCUGCCCAGUACUGAACCACGCCAACUGUACGCUUAUCUACGACGAUCCGCAGGCCGCCGGCGGCGACUGUGCUGCGCUACUCUCGUUUGCCGCCACAGUGCUGCUGCCAAAGAACUUUGACCAGUCAGUCCAAACUGACUUGGCGAAUCUUCCGACAGCCUGCGAAAUCCAAACCCAGAUGACAUCGAAGCAGAUUUACUCUCGUGCCGAGGGUGAGCUGGGCAAUGCAAUCACCGAUCAGUUUACGGCCGUGAUCUAUUGUAUGGUCACCAAGUUCGACAUUGACGGACUUUCCAUGAACACCAGCAAGAAGUGCACAAAAUGUCAACGCCUUGUUCCCCGAAAUCAAAGCGACUGCGCCAGUGAAGCCUGUCAAUUGGAGUUUUCACUGGAAUCCAAUGGGCCAAGACACUCAAGUUUUAUCAACAUUAACAUUCAGUUGUCCGAUCAGACGGGGACGUUGGUCGAGAGCCGACUAAGCGGCCACGUAGCCGAGCGCUUGAUGGGCAUCAAAGCGGACGACUUUCAGCGGCUCUCAGAGCGUGCGAGAACCGAGCUCAAGUGGCGCUUUCUGCUGAAGUAUUUUGAGGUGAAGCUGCUGAUAAAGAAACCAGAAACCAUGAGCAAGAAUCUCGUCGUGCUUGUGGUGGACAUGCAAACCGUACCGCUGAACAAGCUGGUGGAGAAGAUUUCCGUGUUCUAGAAGUGCCAAGGAGAGGAGAUACUCUAGAAUGGUAAUCUACAUACAUAAAUAGCAAUUUUUAUUACACAUUUCCACAUAAAACUGUUCAACUACAAUACAUAAUACAUAAAUAGACGCAUUCUUGUACCCACGCAUACGCGUGUCUGUACGCAGAAAGAGCAUGAAUGGAGGUGGACUGAAGUGUGGGAUACGCUUCUAUCUAUCUCACUUGGGUUAGAUGGUAAUGACUACAGUACGUGGUCGGAUCUAAAAGACAGUGUAUACAGUUAGUGUUCUAUCGUAAGCUUGAAUAUCGAAUAUCGAAUACCAAAUACCACUACAGGUUAAUCAAUAGAUUUAAAGCCAGAUUAAUCAUCAAUAAGAUGCAUCAUCAUAAGGAGAAUAAGUUAUUAGAUGGUAGUUGGUCAGUUAAUUCAACACAAGUCAUUUCAAUUUGCUAGCCGACAACUGUCUUAUAGUUCGCGAACGUACCUUACACAUAUGUAGUAUUUAUAAUCAAUCGAUCAUGCUGAGUGCGUCCCAUUUAACUAUAAACAACGAUUUGGUACAACGCUUAAUACUGACCUACAUAAAUGGUAUGUACAUACAUAUGUACAGACAGACAUGCUAUACACAUAACGAAACAAAUGAUGCUUUCAACAAUAUAUAGCGACAAAUGAAAAUCAAUGGAAUUGGGGGGACUGAAAAUAAGAUGGUGAUACUGGGGUACAAAAUACUCGUUUUUCGUAUAACUACCCCAUUCAGCUACUCCGCCUGCAUCCAUUCCAUCAAAUAGAAAGAUAGAGAGCAUUAACAUAAUAUCAUGAAAAUCCUAACACUUAAUAAAUUAAUAAAUAAAAGAAAGGCGGGCGGCCAAAUAAUCCGACGCUACUCAAGGGUAGAGUGGUAACAUAAAACCCAAAACAA